GGGGAGGAGGGGGGAACCAACAGCUCCCUGGCCGUUCGUACUAAACCUCUAAACCUAAGCGUUUGCUUACACAGUGUUAGGGGCACACCAGCGGUGACGACAGGAACGAUAGUGUGUGUGCACGUCUCCGGCUGAGCGGCAGGACCCUGCGCGCGGAGAACGCACUAUCCCCUCCAGCAGGACGUCCGGAGAAUCGCCCCAAAAAAAAAUUACAGAGGCUUGUCAGCAAUAACUUGUGACUGCACUGGACACCUGACUUGCAAUAAUCUUUACAAGGACACUCUAAGAAGGAGAGAGACAGGAAAAAGGUAUGGCGGCGGCUUUACCCAGAACCCUCGGCGAGUUGCAGCUCUACCGCAUCCUGCAGAGGGCCAACCUGCUGUGCUACUAUGACGCCUUCAUCCAGCAGGGCGGCGACGAUGUGCAGCAGCUGUGCGAGGCCGGCGAGGACGAGUUCCUGGAGAUCAUGGCGCUGGUGGGCAUGGCCAGCAAGCCGCUGCACGUGCGGCGCCUACAGAAGGCCCUGCGCGACUGGGUCACCAACCCGGCCCUCUUCAACCAGCCGCUGACCUCCCUGCCCGUCUGCAGCAUCCCCGUCUACAAGCUGCCCGAGGGCUCGCCCACCUUGCCCGGCAGCGCCCGCGAGUCGCACGUCAAGGUGCCCAAGUGCAUCGCGGCUGCCUGCGUGGACCCGGGCAAGACCGAGGCGGCCAGCGCCAACGCGCCCCCCGGAGGCUCGCCCCUGCCGAGCAGCGCCGAGCCCCGGUUCUGGCCCGGGCAGGGCACGGAGAGCGAGCCGAGCCUGUCCCCGGCGGACGUGGGCUCCCCGGCGUCGCCCCGCGACGGCCUGGAGGCGCUGGAUGCGGCCGCUGUGCAGUCGGUGGCGGAGUGCGUGGAGAGGAUGGCGCGGGCCCUCCCCCGCAGUGACCUGGCCGACGUCAGGGAGCAGCUGAGGGGCAACAAGAAGCUGGCCCGCAUGAUCGGCCACAUCUUUGACAUGGGCGAAGACGACCCACGCAGAGAGGAGGAGAUCCGCAAGUACAGCGCCAUCUACGGGCGGUUCGACUCCAAGAGGAAGGACGGCAAGCACCUGACGCUACAUGAGCUGACAGUGAAUGAGGCUGCGGCCCAGCUGUGCAUGCGGGACAUGGCGCUGCUGACCAGGAGAGAUGAGCUGUUUGGCCUGGCACGACAGAUCUCCCGGGAGGUCACCUACAAGUACACCUACAGAACCAGCAGAUCUCGAUGUGGAGACAGAGAUGAGCCAUCCCCUAAGAGGAUAAAAACAGAGGAGGGGUUUUUUGACCUCCAGGAGGCGCUGCAGGCUAUCCACAUGCGGCAGGAGACGCUGAGAGAACAGCUUGCGCAUGCCAAGUUGAAAGGGGAGGAGACUCUGGGGCGGAACCUUCAGGUGCAGCUGGAGCGUUUACUGUCCAGGCAGAUGGAGAUCUUGCAGGAUGCGGCGGCGCAGGAGCGACUGCAGGCACUGGACUGGAGGAUUCCCCCUGCGGCCUUCAAACACAGCGCAGGCCGGCAGAGAACUAACGGGGUCUCCGCUGACCAGACCGGUGACCACCAAGCAGAUAGUCCACUGAACCUGCGGGUGCCUGGUCAGCGCCUCAGUCUGACUGAAGGGGACACUCCCUUGGGGAAACAGCUGGCCAAUGAGCUCAAGAGGCGCCAUUCUACUGGAGAGGGGACAAUCCCUACCACAGAAAACGGAAACAGGACAGACCUCUCCCAGAGCGCGCUCAACCUUUCCGACAAGAGGACCAUCAAAUCGGAACCGGAGGACUCCAGAUAACGCCUCUCUCCUCCCUCAUCUACCCUCCUCCUUGUUCAUUACAAAACACAGUUCAUUUGUUAGUGAAUACUAAGCAAGCACAGCUACAGUAGAGCCUUAACAACCAACGUUGCCUCGAAAGAAAAGUGUUCUUUUGUUUCGUAUUUCAUUUUUUUUUUUUUUUUUGCCAAAACGCCUAGAAUCCUUUGCCAGCUCUGGAGGAGACACUCACUCUCACUCUCCCUUCCUCUCUUUUCUGUCUGUCUCUUUCUGUCUGUUUGUCUGACAGAGUGAGGCCACGGCAGUCCUCUUGUACAUACGUUGUUUCUCUGCAAAGUGCUGUAUAUGGUGUUAUUUAAGAAUGUGUACAAAAAAAAAGAACGUUGUGAAAAUGUAUUUCUUCUGAAAAUGAGGGAAAACAGUGUUGCGUGUAUGUUUGAUACGUGUAUGUUUGGUACGGUCCUUGGCGGGCCAGCACAAGGUUUGGUUUCUGUGGGAGUCCACCGUGCAGGAAUCUCGUUCAGAGAACUGGACAUCUGAUUCCAGCCGGGGAGGAGACACCCAUGAGCGCAGCAGGUGCUGCUGAUGUGGUCUUGACCCACAGAGCAGGAAUUAGCUACUCUUCCACAGCAGUGCAUUUCAGUUCAUUUUCGCACAGGCUAAAGCACUUCUGCUUUGCCCUUUAGCACUGCAGUUGAACCGAACCUUGUGUUUUGAUGAUUUUUAGCAGAUUCGGGUGGGCACAGAGACCCCAAGGACGAUGAUAUCACAGUGUGGGUCCUAAUAUGUGUGGAGAUCAAACUCCUGCUUACUCUUCAGCUAUUAAGAAUAAGCACAACUCCGUAUCUCACCCUGAUAUGUGUCAUUUUCUGGAAGGUGGUGUUCUUUAAAAAUCUCAUGAUUGAUUAAGAAUUUAAGAGGGA